UUCGUAUACUCCCGUCAGUCUUUGUUCAGCUUUACAGCGCGUCGCUUCUUCGAUCGCCGUGAAAUUAGUAAUUGAAUAUAAUCAAAUCAGUCAUGAAGUUCUACCUGUUGCUGAUCGCCGCCGUGUCGUUUCUGACCUACAUCAGUUGUGGCCUGCCCGAAACUGAAUCGAAACGCACCGUUCCCCUCGCUCAAUUCGCAGAUGGCUGCAUCCAGUGCAACUCCAAGACCAACGAACGCUGCGCCACCGAUCCGGUGAGCCUGCUCAACCGCAACUGCUCCGACGGCACCUCCAACUGCUACUCCCGCGUCCUGGAUGGCUACACAAUCCGUGGAUGUGCUGUGGACCUGGACAACGCCACCAAGAGCGCGUGCAACAACGAGCUGGUGUGCCAGCUGUGCACCUACAACGAGGGCUGCAACAGGAACUACUUCCCGCAGAGUCGGGCGCAGUGCCUCCAGUGCUCGGGCAACUCCACGGAAUCGGAGUGCGCCACCAACACGUACCGGCAUUCCUCGAUCUGUCCGAUCUACAAGUUCGGCGACCAGUGCUACAUCCGCAACAGCAACCGCACCGCCAGCGGAUCCUUCCAGCGCGGAUGCCUCACUUCGGCGCAGGCCAAGAAGCAGUGCGUGAAGGAGGGUAAUUGCUUCACCUGCGAGGGCAGCGGCUGCAACUUCCUCAAGUACAAUGACGCCCUCAUCCCGCUGGCCCGCGACUCCGGUGCCCAUUUGGCCCUCUCCGUGUCCCUGAUGCUCGCCGGUCUCCUGGCCGCCGCCUCCAGGCUCUAAAUAGUGCUAAUCCAAUCCUCCCAUCUUCCAAAAACUUGCUAGGCUUCAUCUUCAGCAUUAAACUACCUUUUUUUUAGCAGCAUUAUAAACGGUUUAUAGUACUCUUUUUUUGUCACCCUUCUGUCUUCGUUAUGUCUUUGCCUUGAACAAAAAUAAAGAUACAAUAAUUAUA